AUGUUGUUCGUAGCUAUUCUACUCUGCUCUCUCGCCGCCACUGGCACAGCCUGGAAUGCCCCUGAGAUUCCAGGGUACCGGCUCAUGUGGUACGACAACUUCGAGGGGGUUGCUGGCUCUCUACCAGAUACUUCCAAAUGGAACAUUCAACAUUGGUACCAGGAUCUAAACGGCGAUCUUCAGGAGUACAGGGCUUCCCCUGUAAACGUCCAUCUCAUGAAUGACUCCCUUCAUAUCCAUCCGUGGCGCGACUCUACUGCUGCAAAAGGUUGGACAUCCGGUCGUAUCGAGAGCACGUACACCUUGACCCCUGCGCCCGGUAUCAAGACCAUUGUCCAAGCUGAAAUAGAACUUGGCUUUGCCCCCAAAGGAAGGAAAGAGGGCAUCUGGCCUGCCUUUUGGUUACUCGGUGAUAGCCACCGCACGGGAGGUCCCACAUGGCCUGCCUGCGGUGAACUCGACAUUAUGGAGCACGUUAAUAGCGAGCAUCAGACUUAUGCAGCUGUUCAUUGUGACAGGACUCCAGGCGGUAUCUGCGGGGAGAAGAAGGGUAUCUCCGCGUCGUACUUUCACGAUGAUAUGGCUAUGAGCAAGGUCACUUACAAAGUUGUCAUCGACCGCACACCGACGUUCUGGCAGGAUGAGAGUGUAAACUUCUAUGUUGAGGAUGAACUCUUUCAUACGGUCACGGGAGCGCAAAUCGGCAACCCGGAGGUCUGGAAAACCAUUGCGGGGAACAAGAUGUUUAUUAUCUUCAACGUCGCCGUUGGUGGUGAUUGGCCGGGAUCACCUGUUGACUAUACUUUGGAGGGCCGUAAGGUUGGUAUGAGAGUCGGAUAUGUUGCGCAUUAUGAGCAACAAGCUCCAGCCCCACAUACAGCCUCUGGGCCCUCAGCACAAGACGCAGCCUAUGGGCCUGCAUCACAGGAUACGGUCUAUACGCCUUCACCACAAGAUACAGCCUAUGCGCCUUAUGAAGACCCCUAUGGCAAUCAACAAGACCAUAUGGUUUGA